AUGACGACAGUUUAUUGGUUUAUUGGCAUAUUGCUCUUACCUGUACUUUUCGUCUGCAAUGUGCCAGUGGAUCCUAUGAAACGAACGGAUAAAAAUCUGGAACAAUUUACAUCCGCUAUCAAUGCCGCCCUGAGGUUGCGUUAUGGGAAACGAUCUGAGAAUCCGAAUUUGUUCAGCAAUAAAAUUGUCCCAUUACCAGAGAAAGACAAACUUUCGCAAUUAGCAAAUCGAGUUGUUGCAUCACUGAACGAAGCAGAACGACUUAGAUUUGGCUGA